AGUUACUUAGACAAGUUCACUUCUAUGAUUCGGACAGUUGGUUCGUUGGGACCAUCUCGUACCAUCCUCUAACAAACCAACUGUAGACAUGGCGGAUAAAGAGAAGAAGAAGAAGACCAAAAAGAAGGAGGAGCCAGCGCCUCCUCCUCCGGAACCGGAACCAGCACCUCCGGCGGAAGAGAAGCCACCAACUCCUACCGGCACACCCAAAGAAUCUGGCUCAACUAGAGCAAGUAGUCGAGGUAGCCGCAAAGCUAAACGCACUGGAUCCAGUGUGUUUUCUAUGUUUACUCAGAAACAGGUUGCCGAAUUUAAAGAGGCAUUCCAGCUUAUGGAUCACGACAAGGAUGGUGUAAUCGGGAAGAACGACCUUCGUGCCACUUUCGACAAUGUUGGUCGUUUAGUAACUGAUAAAGAACUCGACGAAAUGCUAAACGAAGCUCCUGCUCCUAUCAACUUCACUCAAUUAUUGAACUUGUUUGCAACUCGCAUGUCGGGAUCAGGUACCGAUGACGAUGAAACCGUAAUUGCUGCCUUCAGUACCUUCGAUGAUAACGGGAAAAUUGAUGGUGAAAGAUUGAGGCACGCUUUAAUGACAUAUGGUGACAAGUUUUCUGCGAAGGAGGUCGAUGACGCCUAUGACAAUAUGUACAUCGAUGAUAAAGGAUUUAUCGAUACGCAAAGCCUUAUCGCGAUGUUAACUGGUACGGGAGAUGAUGAAGAGGAAUAAUUUUAAGUGAUUUUCAGCAUUAAAAAUUUUUGUUGAAACUCUGUUCAUUAAAAACGAAGUCCCGUAUUAACGCUAGGUCCGCUUGAUCCGUUUCCAAUUGACGAAUAGUAACUGAAAAGCAGGCACAGUUGUUUCCUUUUUUAUUAUUCCUCGACGAUACACUUCUGUGAAGGAAGACUUUUUAAAAAUAAGCUGCAAGAAUUGUGUAAAAUGUCAGGAUAGGUUCUUGGAAGUGGAAACAGCGCAUCUAUCGAGAAACGAG